AUGAAAAACCUCCUGUGGGAGACCGUCGCGAAUCCUCCCCACAAUUGGUACAUUGUACAAUCGAUUGCGCUUCUUUGCAUGUGGCCAUUCCCAACGUCAUCGCUGUCAACUGACACGACCCUAAUGCUCAUCAAUAUUGCUCAAACGAUCGCAAUGCAACUGGGUCUGCAUCAGCCCGAUGCCAUUCAGGACUUUUCUCGCAUUAAAAGAAAUUUAACCAAGGCAGAAAUCUCGGAAGUGGUGAAAACUUGUAUGUCAUACACGUACGGCAUAGCAUUGUUUUCCUCGGAGUCGAUGAUCGAUCGUGUCUGUGACGAUGAAGACGCAUACGCAGUUCCCCAGUCCAUGAAGCACCAGCUGUUGAUUUACCGGUUUUCUGCACGCGUCAACAAGUUCAUGUCCAAAGAUCUGUCCCGCACAGAAAAUUCGUUUCGGCCCCAGGAGACGAUCUCUGUCCUGAAGCUUUUGGAAUGUGAAUUCGCCGAUCUUGCCCGUUCAGUCGGCCAGACACUUGCAGCUGAUAAUGAAAUCUUGCUGUAUGGAACUGGAUUGCAGCUUUAUGUUUUCUAUCUGCUUGAUGCCGGAGAGUCAUUGACUCGCAAGAUGGGUCUAUUAAAGGCUUUCGAUACAUCAAAAGCGUUGGUCACCAAGCUUCAAAAAAUGGAUGCUGUUUCCGACUUUAUGAGACACUGUCCUGCGUCUUAUUCGCGGAUGACCUCGUUGGCAGCGCUCUUUCUUCUCAGGCUAGAGCGUUCAAAAUUUGCAGAUACCCUGGGUGUUGAGGGUGGCGAGCAGGCAUUCAACGCUGCACUGUCCCUUCUUCGUCGAACUACUUCCGAAGAGAAUGACCUGACCGACAGAACUUCCAAAAUACUAGCCCAAUUAUGGAGUGUGCAAGGGCGCUCCCAGCAAUGCAGCCAAGAACCCCGUCUAAAAUUGCGCUCUCGACUAGCUGCCAGCCUGCUCCAUGACGAACUGUGGAAUUGGCGAGAGACGUUCGGCGGCCAAGGUUCUGCCUCGCAUACUCCACUCCGCGAGCCGGUCGAUGGACAGAUUCCUGAAAAAGGGCUGGAUCUACAAAAUGCCCUUUCUCUCCCGUCAGACCCCACGAUCGAUCGGCUUUCGUUUGAAGAUCUCUUCGAUGUCGAAAUGAUGUCCCUCCUUCCAUUUAACUUCGAAAGCGAAAUUCCGCCAAAUGCUGGUAUUUUCUCUGAUCUCCUGCCAUGA